ACUCAAUUACGGGCACAGAAAUUCCAGUAUGUUGUUCAUCUAUUUAAUUCAGGUUGUUUUCAUCGGGAGAGCAGCGUCCGAUGACGAAAGUAAUUUUAUCGAGUCUUUCAGCACCUUUAAGACGCAGUUUGCCAAAGAGUAUGCAACUCUGGAAGAAGAUAAAUUUCGCAUGAAUAUUGUCUCCUCCGCCUUGAAGCAAAUAAAUGCUCAUAAUUCGCAAAAAGGGAAAAGUUUUAGCCUAGGAUUGAACCAGUUUUCCGAUCUGAGCGAAGAUGAAUAUUUUCAAAAAAAGUUGGGAAUUCGCAGCCCACCGCCUAACUCGGUGUUGUCAAAACCCGCUGAAAUUAGUGGAAAUGCGGUGGAAACACCGGAGACCCUGGAUUGGAGGAAACAAGGCCUAGUGACCCGGGUUAAAAAUCAGGGGCAAUGUGCAUCCUGUGGAUUUUUUGAUACGAUUGGAUCUGUUGAAGCCGUUUUGGCCAAAAAGACUGGAAAACUAAUCGCCCUUAGCGAACAGCAACCAGGGGACUGCGCAUAUGAAUAUUUUUACCCUAAAAAUAAAAAACGUGGCAUGUGCGACGGUGUGGCAAGAGCUGAUAUUCCACUCGAGUACAUAAAACACGUCGGAGGCAUAAUGUCCGAAGAGGAUUAUCCCUACACUGCCGAAAAUGGUGACGAAUGCAAAUACGACCCCUCCAAAAGCAUCGGAUCGAUCUCGGAUUACAAAGUUGUUGAUCUCUACAUGACCAACUCUACGCAGAGAAAUCUCCUGAAAUCUUAUGUUGCUUCGGUCGGCCCGAUUGCCGUGAUUAUUAACGCUGGUCCGCGCGAAUUUAUGUACUACCGGAGUGGAGUUUAUCGACCAUCCACGUGCGAUGGGAGGAGCGGUACACAUGGAGUGCUUUUGGUCGGAUAUGGAAAGGAGAAGGCGGAUGAAUACUGGAUCUUAAAGAAUUCUUGGGGGAGAAAUUGGGGUGAAAAGGGCUACAUACGAAUGGCUUUAGACUUUAAGAUCAAAGGUAAUUGUUACGAGUACGAACUUGGCCCGUACUAUCCGAUGUGGGCAAUCGCAUAGAAAGGACAUUAUUUAAAAUGUGCAUCAAUUAAAUUUGUGUAACAGAAAAUAAAAAUAUAUCGACAAAAA